AUGCUAAAAGAUGUGGGAGAUGGACGCCGUGGACGUGCAGUCAGAUCGCCUGUUGAGGGCAGAAGUCCGUCUCGGAAAAAGCGUACGCGGCAACCAGCAUCCUCCACUAAUGUUGCUAGGGAAGCCAUCCCAAGGUAUGCGAUGGCAUCGCAGCAACGUCCUGCGGACAUUAUGCAUUUCCCGGCUGAAUAUCAAGCACCACAAAUCACUCGUGUUGAUCAAGUUCGUGUGCCGGCUGGAAUGAGCCUGCCGACCAGUAAUGGCUAUGUUGUGAAAGCGCCGUAUACCGGCAACGCUGUUACACCGCUUACAGCUACUGUUGCACCCCUCCCUCCUCCAAUCAAGGAGGAGUCGCCGAUCGGAGCAGUGGGCAACCAGAUAGCGGAUCAACUGAGGCACAUUGACUUGCAAGAGGACUCGCUUCUCGAUGACGACGACCUGCCACCGCCACCUCCACCACUUAUGCAUACAUCACUGGUGUGCCAGAUGCCCACUCCACCAGCAAUGCAAUUUGUUGCGCCAUCGGAAAAUUCCAUUCCGCCACCACCUCCACCGCCGCCCCCUCCACCCCCACCGCCUCCCGCUGUUACGGUGCCAACAACCACUCAACAGUCUUCCACUGCAAUUGCCACGUUUGCUAACAAAGAGGAAACGAAAAGUGACAAGUCGGCUGCCCAAGUUUCAACUACACACACCAAUCUGCUUGCUGAAAUACGAUCCGGAAUUAAGCUCAAACAGGUGCAAAGAAAGGAACGGGCUGCAGAGGAGAAGGCAGCCGCAGAAGCAAAUGAUGUUGCGGCAAUAUUGCGCCGGCGCAUGGAGCAUAUUCUUGGACAUUCGGACAGCAACAGCGACUCGCCCACAGACGACGAUGAGGAAUGGGACUAG